UUCGAAAUAAAUCUAAUAUUUCAAAUUAUAAUGUUCUCAUGAAGAACUAAUAAAUACAAAAAUGAUAACUUUAUAAGUGCGUUUCUAUAAUUUAGUUAAAUAUUUUCUGGGACCCAUAGUAUGUUUUCUAGGCUAUGUUACAGUUUUCGCAAAAUUAAUUCAUUGGUUAAUAUAUCAAAAUUAAACAGUAUAAACAUGGAAAAGUGCUAUUUUCGAUAUAUUCAGAAAGAUGAUAAAAUUGACAUAUCGUUUCUUUUCAAAGUUAAUGAUACAGUGAGGCAGUUCAAUCUUAGUAGGAAACCUACGGAGUCGUUAGAGUUGCUGUGCAGCCGUAUUGGUACAAAUGUUCAGAAAUUUAAAAGUAAAAAAUCAAAGAAGAGAGGAUUAGUAGAAAAUCAAAAUGUGAAAGUCAUGAUUUAUGAUAAUAACAACACACCUAUCCCUGAAAAACUAUCAUGCAUGGAGUUAUUCAAUACAAAUACCUCAAUAAAGUUAGACAUUGCUGAUCAACAAUACGAGGCUAUAUUUAAUGCACCAUGGAUUGUUAAUUAUGAAUUGCCAAAAAGCAUUUUAAUGGGGUUUCCAGUUUUUCCUGAAAACUUUGAGGCACACUAUACAGAUAAAAAUUUAAGUUUAUUUAAUUGGUACAGGGGAAAAGCUAUUGAUGAAAAUGGGAAGGCUAUUAAUGAUCUUCAAAUAAAAUGGGAAUUUAUUACCAAUGUAUUUUAUUAUACACCAAUGACACAAGAUGUAGGACUCAAAUUAAAACUUGAAAUUAUACCAAAGAAUUCAGAAGCAACCGGCCCCAGUGUAGAUUUGGUAUCAAAGAGUUGUGUUGAGGCUGGGCCAGGACCAUGUCCAUUUGAAACAAGACAUUUAUUCACUCAACAAAAACUAAAAGACAAAAGCUUUCGAUGUGUUUCCUAUAAUAUAUUGGCAGACCUAUACUGUGAUUCUGAUUAUACAAGAACAGUUUUACACCCUUAUUGCCCACCCUAUGCUUUGGCUCUUGACUAUAGAAAGCAGUUAAUUCUUAAGGAACUUAUGGGAUAUAAUGCAGACAUACUGUGUCUUCAAGAAGUUGAUGGGAAAGUGUUUAAUAAUAUAUUGACGAAUUUUUUGGAAAUGGAUGGCCUGAAAGGCUUAUUCUAUAAAAAAGGUAAAACUGUUUCAGAAGGGCUUGCAGUUUUUUACCGGGAUGAAAGAUUCAGGUUUUUAGAGGACAAACAAAUACUGUUAGCUGAGGCAAUACAGAAUGAGAGUUGUUUGAAGCCAAUUUGGGAAGUUGUGAAAAAUAACAGCAAACUAUCAAACAGACUUCUGGAUAGAUCAACUGUUGCUAGUGCAACUCUCUUGAAGUCUCUUGACAAUGAAAAUGAAAUUCUUAUUGUUGGCAAUACACACCUAUAUUUCCAUCCUGAUGCUGACCAUAUUAGACUAAUCCAAGGUGGAAUAGUAAUAAGCUGGCUCAAUGAUCUACUCAUCAAAUAUAAAAAUCAGAAUCCAGGUGCAAGGAUAUCGUUGAUUCUUUGUGGGGACUUUAACAGUGUGCCAUCAUGUGGUAUAUACCAAUUGUAUACUACAGGAUGUGCGCCAAGUACAUUACCUGAUUGGAAAUCGAAUGAAGAUGAAGCAGUUAAUGAUCUUGCUCUUUUCCAAGAGACAUUAUUAGGAAGUGCAGCUGGUACGCCUCAGUACACCAACUUCACAGAAGGAUUUGCUGAAUGUCUAGACUAUAUAUUUUACGAUAAGAAUAAUCUUGAAGUAGAACAGGUUAUUCCUUUUCCCAGUGUUGAAGAAUUAACACAACAUAAAGCUUUACCAAGCAUUGUUUUUCCAUCUGAUCACAUUGCUGUUGUAUCUGAUUUAAGAUACAAAUAAAAAAUAGUUAUUACUGUGUUUAAAAAUAUUAUGUAAAUAAAAAAUCUAUUAUUUAA